AACCUGGGCAACGCCGCAAUUUGUCUCUUUUUAAGUUCAGUUAGAUCAUUCCUGUUCUCUGCUAUCAACUCUAACAUAAGUAUUUUUUUCGACAGACCGUGAAGGUAGCUAUGGGAUCUGGGCUGGACAGGAAACGACGGAGACGCGCAGCGUGUCUCCUCAGCAGCUCCGGCAGGGAGAGAAGAAUGAGAAAGGGAAUAGGAUUUUAUGGUAUAGACGAGGCAACGUGGAAAAAAAAACAUGAAGUCAGUGGGCAGUUUUUAGUUAGUUUCAUUCUUUAAAACAGAUAACACAUCCUUCAUCAGGAGUUUUUCUUCUUUUUUUCCCCCUGAGGACAGUGAUAUUUGCUGCCAUUAGAGAACACCGGGGAGGAGAGGACCCCUUUUGUGAAUCCCAUUUGGCUGGGAUAAGAGCCCAGUCACAGUGGAGUGUUGGUUUCAUCUGACCUUUAACCUCAUCAGGAAGAAGGGAAAGCCACUUCAGAGAUGGAGCAGGUAUCAGAUGAUGAGUUGGACCAUGGUGCAGAGGAGGACAGUGACAAAGAGGACCAGGACCUGGACAAGAUGUUUGGAGCCUGGCUGGGAGAGCUGGACAAACUCACACAGAGUCUGGAUGACGGCAGGCCCCAAAAAGCACUGCAGAAGCCUCCUCUCAGACAGGAGACAAACAUGGCCAAUUUCUCAUACCGCUUCUCAAUGUACAACAUAAAUGAGGCAUUGAACCAGGGUGACACAGUGGAUCUGGAUGCCCUGAUGGCCGACCUCUGCUCCAUUGAGCAGGAGCUCAGUACCAUUUCCAAACCAAACUCCACUUCUCGUGGGCAAAACAAAGGCCAGCAGCGGACCCUGGGGGGCCGUAGUGCCAGCACCAAGCAUACAGGCACCAGUGGAGGAGGGGGAAGCAGCGGAGGAAGCGCCAGUAGCAGUACCCGGGCAUCCCCAGCCAACACAGUACGUGGUGGCAGCUGCAGCAGCAGCACCACCCGCCCAGCAGCCUCCAACAUCUCCCUGGCUGACAUCACCUCUCAGCUGGAGAAGGCCUCUCUCAGCAUGGAUGAAGCGGCACGUCAGACCUCUUCGUCUUCUUCCGCCUCCUCCUCAGCUUCUCUCUCCUCCACAACACUCCGGCGGCCCUCAUCGGGGUCGUCUGGCGGUGGACAGCACCGGAGGACGGGCUCGGUCGGGGCGGUCAGCGAACAAGAAGCUCCGUCCCAGCGGUCUAGCGUAAACUCAGCAUGUGCCUCAGCAUCCAGCAUGGACUCCCUCGACAUUGAUAAAGUGGGGACUGGCGGAGAGGUGGAUGGCCAGAGCAGCUCGGGCACGCAGGGACCAAACCAGACCAGCACAGAGCAUGUCACACUGCGACGGCCCAGGCGGCAGCUUGACUUCACCUCACGAGAGGGUGAAACGGAUCAGGCCACUCACUCCUAUCUGGACCGAGAAACCUCGCUCAUUCUGAAAAGCAUAGCUGGAAAGCCUUCUCACCUCCUGACCAAGGAGGAGCAAGCUGCCAAAUUGAAGGCAGAGAGGAUCCGAGUUGCCCUGGAAAAAAUCAAAGAGGCGCAGGUCAAAAAGCUGGUGAUCAGGGUCCACAUGUCGGACGAAAGCUCUAAGACCAUGAUGGUGGAUGAGCGGCAGACAGUCAGGCAGGUGCUGGACAGCCUGCUGGAUAAGUCCCACUGUGGCUACAGUCCUGACUGGUCCCUUGUGGAAACCAUCAAUGAACUACAGAUGGAGCGUAUUUUUGAGGAUCAUGAAAACUUGGUGGAGAAUCUCUUAAACUGGACCAGGGACAGCCACAACAAGCUCAUGUUCAUCGAACGCAUCGAGAAAUAUGCCCUUUUCAAGAACCCUCAGAACUAUUUGUUGGGGCGGAAGGAGACGUCUGAAAUGGCUGACAGGAAUAAAGAAGCCUUGUUAGAGGAGUGUUUCUGUGGCGGCUCGGUGUCUGUGCCAGAGAUCGAGGGCAUCCUGUGGCUGAAGGAGGAUGGGAAGAAGUCGUGGAAGAAGCGCUACUUCCUCCUCAGGGCUUCUGGGAUCUACUACGUACCCAAAGGCAAAGCCAAGGCAUCCAGAGAUCUGGUGUGCUUCCUGCAAUUGGACCAUGUUAAUGUGUAUUACGGACAGGACUACCGCAGCAAAUACAAGGCUCCUACUGACUACUGCCUGGCCCUGAAGCAUCCACAAAUCCAGAAGAAGUCACAGUAUAUCAAGUAUCUGUGCUGUGAUGAUGUCAGGACCCUUCACCAGUGGGUGAAUGGAAUUCGCAUAGCCAAGUAUGGGAAACAAUUGUAUAUGAACUACCAGGAGGCCAUGAAGAGGACAGAGGCAGCGUACGAUUGGUCCUCGCUCUCUACCUCCAGCAUCCGAUCAGGCUCCAGUUCCGCCAGCAUACCUGAAUCCCAGUCUAAUCAUUCAGGCCAUUCAGACAGUGGGGUGGACACAAGCUCUUCUCAUGGCAGGUCCCAGAGUGUGGUGAGCUCCAUUUUUUCCGAGGCCUGGAAGAGAGGUACCCAGAUCGAGGAAAACACCAAGCAGAUGAGAAUGGAGGCAUCCAGAGGUGCCACCCUGCCACAUGCUUCCCACAGUCACCGUCAUCACAGCCAGCAUUCAGUUGACCACCCGACGCCCCCAACGCCCCCUCCCCAACCUCAGGUGCAGCCCCAGACUCAGGCCCAGCCGCUGCACCACACCCAGCCACAGCUCCACCAACACCCACCGCAGCCUCAGCACCAAUCAGUGCAUCCCCAGACACCGACGCAGCCACAACACCAGCACAUGCCUCCCCAGCCUCAGUCUCCUCAACAGGCCCCACAGCCUCCGCUCCAGGUGCCUCCUCAGUGCCCUCAGCAAACACCACAGUCUCCACCACAGGCCAGCAGCAGCUAUAACCACAUGCCACCACAGGAACAGGAGCAGCUUACUCCUCCAGCCCCACCUCCUCCUCCACCUCCACCGCCUCCUCCUCCUCCUCCUCCACCCCCGGUUCAAAUGGUGUCACACCACUCACCUGCUCCCACCAUGUAUAAGUACAGCACGAUCACCCGGCUGCAGAACCAGAAGGCUUCCCAGGGUGCCAAUCACAAGUUGCCCAUUCACCUCCAUGCAACAGCUCAGCAAGUUCUUCCCCCUGCUCCAACUCCGCCCGCAGCACAGGUCAAACCCAAUGUGAAUCACAUUGCGGCAAGGACUAAUGUUCCUCCUCCCCCUCCUCCUCCCCCUCCACCGUCCAUGCCAACCCCUGGAUCAGCCAUGGCUGUGUUAAAACUCGGACCACCCAGCCCAGCUGCCCCACCUGCCUUCAUUCCUCCUCCCCCAGCACCUCCACCUGCUUCACAGAUCAAUGGACUAGCAUUUCCUCCCCCUCCUCCUCCCCCUCCACCUCCUCCUGCACCAGCUCCCAUGAGUCAGCCUGUUUAUCCCACUGCACUGAAGCAGGCACUGAAAGAAAGGUUUCCCAGCCCUCCACGAGACCUCCUCUCUCCAAAUGGAGACCUUGAAGAGUCUCCACCACCUGCUCCAGCUCCACCACCCCCACCUCCUCCACCUCCACCUCCCCCACCACCACCUCCUCCUCCGCAGCAGUUCCCAGUGACAUCACAGUUCCCCCCUCCACCUGCGCCGCCACCAGCACCGCCUAAAACCUUCACCCCAGGCUUUGUCCCUCACACAGCCCCCAAACCCGUGUCACCUGUCUCCCCAUUCCCUCCUGCCCCACCUCCUGCUGCCCUGAGUGGACCAACCCCACCACCACCUCCACCCCCUCCUCCACCUGCACCCCUCAAAAAGCAGUUUAGUCUCCAAGCAGGCCACACCUCCAGCCAUCCGCCUCCAACACUGCCCAAGCAGCACAGUCUGUCCAAACAAACACCCAUCUCCACAGGAGGUCCUCCAACUAUGUCCCUGGUGAAACAACUAGCAAGUCAGUUUCCAGGAGCUUCAUCCCAAAUAGCCACUCACACAGAGAGCCCCAAAGCGCCCCUCUCUCCACCUGCAGUCAAGACCAAGCCAAAAUGGCAGCCUGGGGGUGGCCAACAGCUGCAGUCUCCAGAGUUCCCUCCUCCUCCUCCAGAUAGUAACGCUGGCUUCCCUGCCCCUCCUCCUCCACCGCCGCCACCCCCCCCAGCCCCUAUCACAGGCCCAACUCCGCCUCCUCCUCCCCUCCCUCCUGGUAACCUGGGUUCCCCCACAAGGAGCUCGCCUUCUGGUUCUUUAAGUUGGGGAGGCAAGAAACCUCCUCCCACCCCACAGAGGAACUCCAGCAUCAAGUUCAACGCCUCGGCUUCCUAUGAGGAAUCCAGGAGGAACCUGCUCAGCAAGUUUGCUCCCCAAAACAGCACCCCUCCUUCCUCCCCAUGUCCCACAGCUUUCUCCACUGGAUCCCCUUCCAAGGACCCCUCAACUGGACCCCCUGCUCCCCCAAAACCAGGCAAGCUCAACCUGGCCAACCUGCCGCUGGCACUCCAGGCCAAAGUUAGCCAGACAAAGCAGUCCAGUGGUGAUUUCCCCUCGCCGCCACCUGAGUGCGCUUACUUCCCACCUCCUCCCCCAGCCUCUGAGCUUUUCCCCCCUCCUCCACCUCCUGGUAGUGAUGCCCAUGGCGGAGGACCUCCAAAGGUAGCCGUGGUCAAUCCCCAGCCCCAGGCUCCCCCUCCUCCUCCACCUGUUUCCCUAGUCAGUAACUCAACAUGGGGGAAGAGCUCACUGAAAAAGACUCCUCCACCCACACUUGUGCGGCGUAGUAACACUACACCAGAGCCCCCUCCACUCUCACCACCACCGCCACCCACCUCGCCAAAGGGCAACUCAGGCCAGCCCAAUUUCCUGGAAGAUCUCAACCGGACACUGAAGCGGAAAUCGGUGGGUCGUCAAGGUUCUCUCAACUCGGCCGGCCUCACGGGCAAGUUGGACCCUGCAGGAACUAUGGAUGACAUGGCGCUGCCUCCGCCUCCCCCUGAGCUGCUCCUGGACCAAGGAAAGCAAAGCAACGGCGGAAAUGGUAGCUACAUGUCCGGAAACAUCUCAGGCUAUGCAACGCUACGACGAGGACCCCCUCCCGCACCACCCAAACGGGGGGACACCACCAAACUUACUGGAGAGUGUUGAACUUGGAGAUCAGGACAUAAACCAGAUGGAUGAAUGGAAGAUGAGAGAAUAUAUGGACAUGAACAUUCAUUCAUGAAAUGGGAGCAAAUUCCUUCUGUCCUCUUGGGAUCACAAUGAUAAACGGAUGACUGUGUAUAUACUAAAACCCAAACCAGAUCAUGAUCAGUUAAAGGUUCCUAAUUAGUGCAUUUUUUUUCGACAUGCUUGGCAUUCUGGAUCUGUGGGGUUUACAAUACUGGGACAGUUAAUACUGGAGCAGGUAAGUUGGAGGUCACAGAAAAGUUGACUUUCUGCGAUUGUCUAAACUCUCUGGAAGACAUUAUAUUGCCUGGUAUGGUAAACCUCACCCAUCUGGUACACCAAGCAGAUUUAAAUAAACAUUAAUAAGAAUUGUGCAAAUAUUACUGGAUCCAGGUCUGAGCCAAAUGAUGUAUCCGCUUCUUUGCCAUAAGUUUGUGCCACGUACUGGACAAAAAAAUCAAAACAAAACAAAAUGCAUCAGGAUCUUUCUGCUUUGGUACUGCAUGGACCUCAUGUAAGAACAAGCUGUAAAACAUGAAGCUGUUCUGGUGUGUGUGCAUGAGUGAGCGAGAGAAACUGCAUAUACAUACAUGCGUUGUGUGCAUGCAUGUAUGUAUGAUUUUAACGGUGGUUAGGUAGUUAAAGAAGGCCUGCGUGAAGCAGGGAUGAUUAGGUUUGCUUUUAUAUAAAAUUAUUUAAUGAUUGAUAAAUGGAAGGAUUUUUUUUUAUGAGUCUGUCUUUUAAAAGCUGGUCAACAAAGUCUAGAGAGGAGAAAAACAUUAGGGCACAAUGGAAUGUAUGUGGGAAGGUGCAUUUGAAAAUGAAUUCAACAUAUGAAGGCAAUGAUUCAGUAAUUAAAAACUAAACUAAACUAAACUCAAAGACCUAAAACAAACAAACAUUUCAAGACUGUUUCACUACUAGGAGGAAGCCUUAUUCCCAAAGUCUUGCACAGGGGUCAAAGCAGAAAGGAGAUUUCUUCCAAAGGUUCAGCAGAGGCUGGACUGUGCAACUGGAAAUAAAAUACAAUUUGUUUUUUUGUUUUUUAUUUGAUGGACUUGUGUAAAAGGAGGAGGAGCUCUGUGAUGGUUUAUCUUCGUGGACUGUGCAAGUUCCCCAGUGCGUCGGCUUGAUUUCGGACCUUAUCCCUUCAGUUUGUGUCUGUACAGUCGCAGCUGCUACUCCGUUACCUUCUUAAGUCACAUGACAAAUCAGGAAGUAGAAUGUACAGAGCGGAUUCAGUCUUGUGAUGUGUACUCAUCCCCACAAGGUGACCCAGUCGGAAAACAUACAUUUGUCUGGUUAAUGUACAGAGCAUUGAAUCACAUAGUCAAUGACAGAAAUCAAACUGGUAUUAGACUGAAUGUUGCUUUCAGCUUUUUGCGUGUCUGUGUUUUCUUUAUGGUGCCAUUACUGCUUCAUCCCUUGGUGCACAGGGACACUCUUGAUUUUCUACCUGCAGAGCGUAUCACGAAGGAUUUUAAAUUCUAGCAGCAAUGCCUUAAUUUAUAGGGUGCUAGUGCUGUCCUUCAAAGAACUCGAUCUCAACAUGUCCUUGUGUGCCAAGAUGACAUAUCAUUAAUAUUUCACACCAUUCAGACUGGUUUUAAAAUUGGCUCCAGUGUGGAAAUGUGUGCCGUGCAAAUGGUUUACAUCGGAGGGAACCAUUAUAUCCACAAGUCCAUUCAGCUUGUCAUGAAGAUGGUAUUGGUUGUGUCCACACAAGCCCUGUUGAGUGUGCUUUUCUUUACUCAGUGGUUCUAAUCGAAUAUCCUUAACAGGAUGUUCACUACAGUACAGUAUGUUAAGUUAUUGAUGUGCUGAUGUGAACAUGUGUGGGGGGCCAAGAGAAAUGAAGAAACAUGGUUGCAGAUAGAGUAAAUGUGUCCUCUUGCAUUUAAACUGAAAAUCACAAUAUAAAUGUUCAAACCAGA